AGCGCCUACAGCAUAGGAUGGAUCUGCGCCUUGCCUCUCGAGCUGGCCGCCUCGGUCGGCAUGUUCGACGAGACGCACCAGGACCUCGACCUCGCGCGCGGCGACAGAAACAUGUACACCCUCGGCGAGAUGGCGGGCCACAACAUUGUCAUGGCGUGUCUCCCCGCCGGCAGCACGGGCGUCACCCCCGCCGCCACCGUCGCGGCCAAUAUGCUCCGGAGUUUCCCCAAGAUCCGCUUCGGUCUCAUGGUCGGGAUCGGAGGCGGUGCGCCGGCGCGGCGGGCGAGACCGCAUGAGGAUAUUCGGCUGGGGGAUGUGGUGGUCAGCAUCCCGCAAGGCGAGCUGGGUGGUGUCGUCAAAUAUGAUUGUGGAAAGACGGUCGCUGGGGGCGCGUUUGAGCACACGGGACUUCUCAAUAUGCCGCCUGCGCCGCUGGCCAAUGCUGUGGCGAAAUUGCGAGGGAUGCACGAAGCGAAGCGCAGUGCCGUCUCGCGGUACGUCACGACCAUGAUCAACAAGGUUAUGGCGGGCGAGGACGCGAACCCCGAGUUUGAGGAGUUGUAUCGUUGUCCUGACCCCAAGUACGAUCAGCUGUUCGCGGCCGAUGAAGACGAAGACGACAUCCCCCUCCCCUGCCCUCACUGCGACCCGGCCCGCCUUGUUCAGCGCAAACCCCGCAAGCAUCCAGGCCCCGUCAUCCACUACGGGACAAUCGCCUCGGCGGACCAGGUCAUGCGCCAUGCCCUCACGCGGGACGCCAUCCGCAAGAAGCACGGCAUCCUUUGCUUCGACAUGGAGGCCGCGGGGCUGAUGAACGACUUCCCCUGCCUCGUCGUCCGCGGCAUCUGCGACUACGCGGACACACACAAGCACAAGAUAUGGCAGCGGUACGCAGCCGCCACGGCAGCGGCGUACACAAAGGAGUUACUGCAGGUGGUGCUUAGGGAAGAGGUGCAGACGACAGAGGAGGUGGUCAAGAUCUUGGAAAGGGGUGAUGCGCGUGAUAUCAAGCAAAAUGUAGACCGUCUCGCGAAAGGUAUGCGGGCAAUAAUAGACAAGGCGCGGCAAGACCGCGAUAGGAUCCUGAACUGGCUCGACAGCGACACGCAUACAAAGAGACUCUUGGAUUCAUACGAGAAAUGGCAACCCAGCACGGUCCGAAAGCUAUUCGAGUCCGAGGCAUAUAGAGACUGGACAUUGGGUGAGGCGCAAACACUGUGGUGUCCCGGAAUCGCCGGCGGGGGUAAGACUGUCUUUUCCUCGGUCGUGGUGAGAAGUCUCAAAGCUGGUCAGGAAGCGCAGCCGGACGCAUCCAGGGCCGCAGUGAUCUGUCUCUUCUGCGAGUACGAGCGACAAAAGGAGCAGACAUUGCGGACGUUGGCAGCGGCGAUGCUGAGGCAGCUCGCGGACCAGUGCGAGCUCCUCCCCGAUGAGCUGGUUGACCUCUUUGAGAAGCAUGGGACUGGCGCAUCAUCUCAUCUGCGCUUUGAAGACAUUUCUCUCGCACUCACGCGAGUUCUAAAGGAAUUCCCCAGGGUCUAUCUCAUCGUCGAUGCGCUAGACGAGUGCUCGGAUCAAACACGAAGGGAGCUACUCGCGCAACUGGCAGAGCAGCAGAGGAAGACGGGCCUCCGAAUCCUGGCGACGGCUAGGCCGACUGUUGAGUUUGAAAAGGAGUUUGGCACAAAGUACCAAGUGCUGGAGAUUAGAGCUGAUGUACUGGAUGUGAAGAGCGUGCUCGACGCGCUCAUUGACAAGUCGAACUCUUUUGUCCGAGAGGAUGAAGAGCUACGCAGACGUGUCACUGAUACCAUAGCUUUCGCUGUCGAUGGGAUGUUCCUCCUCGCCCAGCCCUUCCAUGACUCCGUCAUUGGCGAGCGAUCCAGAGGCCACGUCGAAGACGCUCUCCAGACGCUCAUGGACAGUCCCGACAAGCUGGCCACCGUGUACGAAAACGCCCUCGGACGGAUCGGAGGACAAAAGCCGGGCGACCGCAACCUCGCUCAUCGCAUGCUAUCCUGGGUCGUCGAGUCCAAGAGGCCACUGACCCGUGACGAGUUUCUCCACGCCCUGGCUAUACAGACCGGCCGCCCUCAAUUUCAACGCCACUACAUGAUAGAGAAUCUCGACGGUGCUGUGGCCCUCUGCGCUGGACUGGUCGUGAUAAAUGAGAGGAGUGACACGGUGCAGCUGAUGCAUCACACCGCGAGGACCUACCUGGAAGAUCCGGAACGACGGCCGGGCUGGAUGGCCGGGUCGCGGGAGAUGAUUGCGAGCGCGUGCGUCACUUACAUAUCGUACUCGGUGUUCGAAGAUGGACCCUGUCGCGGUGAUGAGGAGAUGGGCAGGAGACUGGAUGAUUACCCCUUUCUUCCCUACGCUGCUCAGCACUGGGGACACCAC